AUGUCGGCGGCUAUUAAAAAAGAAACUGGAAUGUUAGAUGUGGGAAAACACUGUGCUUAUUGUAGACAGCUAGAUUUCUUACCCUUCCAUUGCUCUUUUUGCAACGAAGAUUUCUGCUCAAAACAUAGACUAAAGGAGGACCAUCACUGUAGUUGGUUAUUGGAACACGAGGAAGCCCUUAAAGCCAAUAAAAGUCCAAACAAAAGCCAGAAUGGCAUACAUUCAAAUAACGAAGCAUAUUUCAAGAGUCUGUUGCCUGAAAGGGCUAGCGUCAGAGUUCAGAUAGCAACUAAGGAAAAAGAGCGUUCGAAGGAUUCCAAUACUACUAAGGUGGGCUCGACUUUAAACUCAAAGACACUGGACAAGAUAUUAAAAUUCUUCCAAAAAAAUGAGAAAAAAAAUAGCCACAACAAAUCAAAGAAAAAUUUCAAUUCUUCGUCGAACAAAAUUAUUCAAUUGGCUAAUCUUAAGAAAAUCUCUAAAGGUGACACAAAGAUUCCUAUGCAAAACAGGAUCUAUGUUUGGUGCUACUCCGUGGAUGGUGAGGAAAAAGAUAAUACCAUCGAGGAUGCGAAAGUUCCAAUAUAUAUUAACAAAAUUUGGCCUGUAGGUAGAGCCAUGGACUAUUUGUCUAUUCAGUUAAACGUAAAAUCUAGCACAUUGACUAGCUCAAGUUCUAAUGAAACUUUUCAACUUUAUAAAUUGAAAAACGGCAAUCCGAUUUCAUUUGAUAAAAUUGAACCUUCUUUAAGGGUCACUAAUGAGAUUAAAGAUCUUGAUACUUUGUAUUUGAUACGCGGUAAUGCUGACGAAAAAUUAAACUGA